AUGUAUUCUGCCAUCGUCAACUAUUUGAUUUUGUUGGCCUUGGCGUACUUGGCCCUGGCUCUCAUCAGGAACACCGUGACGCUGCUGGACCUCUUUCGCAUUCGUCGUUCAAUCCUGCGGGGGCGACCACCGGUCAUCAUUCCCUUUACGGUGUUCACCACACGUCCGGUGUAUGAGGCGGCGCGGGCCCAAUUGGCAAACAGGGCGGCCAUUUUGCGUGGGUCACCGGCGGUGCACGGCCUCAUUUUGCCGCUGCAACUCUGCCCUACUCCCCAUGCAAAAGUCCAGUUAAAACUUGGCGUCCCUACGGCUGUCUUUCCCACCGAGGCCGCUUUCUCUGCGUUGCCUCCGGACAAUGACGCCGCGGCCGCCUCCAACUACGACGACCCCUUUUCGUUUCAGGAUACAUCCUCGUCGCAGCUCUUUCAAUCUGGUGCUUGGAGCGGUCGGCACUUGGCGUGUCAAGGCGACGGACGCGCAAUGCAGAAAAGUAUGACGCUGCCCAGUGAAAUACCCUCACGACGUGCGUUUCACUUCAGCCGCAGUGGUUCCCAGCACCGCGCCGAGUUUUCGCGGAGUGAAGCUUGCGGUGGCCAUUACAAACGGGGAGGGAGUAAUGCGGUGGCGCCCUGGAUGGCCCGUUCUCAGCUCUCGCUUCAUUUCCAGCUGGAGACCACGGUGCGACUCAAAGCUUCAGUGCUUCGCCGCAACCGGGCAAGGAAAAACUCGCGAGAGAUGGCGCAGCAAAGCCCAUUUUCCCCAUCCACUGGCACGCAUUCCCUUGCCGAUACCCUGACGUUUGAAGACCUGGGCCCGAGCCCGAUACCGAGCACGUCGGUUGCGGAGGGCGACAGUGAGGGCACGAAUUUAUCUACGCAUCUGCGUUGUGCGUGUAUAUUCGGUGCGGACAGCGUAGACAUCAUGCGGGCCGUCACCGUAGGCACCACAUCCACGUUUGGACCCGCUUCCUGCGUCUAUCAUUGCUACUACACCGCCGAGGAUGAGGAAAAGUGCGCCCGCGACCGAGCCCAGUUUCAUGACUGGCACAAUCGAAAGCGACUGGGAUCACGGUUUCUGGGUGGCGACCCCAUGCCCUUAAUGCUGUCGUCAGUGGCUUGCCACGAUGACUCUUUGACGCAUACAAAUCUCCCAUCGCAGCGUCGCCAACGACGCACGGCGUUUAACUCCGCUACAUCAGCCGGGGACAUUUACUGCUCACGGGGAUCGUUUGGCUCAUUCUCGACGCUACCAGAGCAGGCACGUUCGUUGGGUCGCAGUUUAAAGUCCAACUUGGUGACGGAGACCUUUGCGGAUGUCUCCGAGAGAAUGCAGAUAGCCAAUAAAAGCAGCACAUGCGAGCGUGAAGGAAAUGGGGGAAACAAAGAGGCCGGGGUGGGUAAAUUAACACCGUCGACAGAUGCAGGUGAUAAGGCACACGAGGUGACAGAGUCCAUAGAUGGUCGCAGAUUUGCUACGGCGGUUUCUGCGUCCGCCUCCUUCGCAUCUGCAACGUCGUCCUCGACGUCGCGGAAGGAGGACACUUCGAGCGAAAAAAACAACGCAUCGGGUGUGUCAAAUAGACAGAGAUCGAAGUCCAAUGCAGAGCCGCAGCCAAUGAGCGGUCCUGCUGCUGCUCCUGCUGCUGCUGCUGCUCCUGCUGCUCCUGCUGCUCCUGCUGCUCCUGCUGCUCCUGCUGCUGCUGCUGCUCCUGCUGCUCUGCUGCUCUGCUGCUCUGCUGCUCCUGCUGCUNCUGCUGCUGCUCUG